AUAUAUUAAGGUACUAGUUCUUGGAAGUACCACAUUGUACCUACUUACAUUGUGAUCUGAUAUUUUCUAUGCAUGAACGCAUAUAUAGUCUGUGCACAGUUGAUUUGCUAAAUUAACCACACUUGAAUUGUUUUACCUGUAACCGAAAGGUGUAAACAAAACGCCUGAGGUCUAAUCCAAACGAAACUUAUUAAUUUUAUCUAAAAAACUAUAAUUGGUCCGUUUGGAUGCCCUGCGCCCGCGCCGCCCACCGCUUCCUGCGAAUAACUUCCGGUGAUAGUAAUCGUUUAAAUUGCCACAUUAUGUUAUUAUACAACCUGCAUGGUCAGGGUUCAUUUGGCAUUCGAUCGUUAUGAUUAUUUGCUGUAAUAAUGGAAGUAUUUAAUGAAGAAAUUUCCGUGUAUAUGUUUGCUUGGGUCGAUUUUUGAGCGUUUUAAACGCUCGGAUCGAACGUCAAUUGUCGUCCCACGACGAUCACGAUCCACAAUUACUUUUAUUAUACUCCGCAUCGGAUAAUUCCACAUUUAGGGUACCUAAUUUUUAAAGAAGGUCAUGUGGGGUAAAAGGAACCCAUCAAAAACAUUUUCAUGUACCUAAAAUGUUGCCAAGACGAAACCAUAAGGCUCGCACUGUCAAAAAGUUAUCACAUCCCUUGUAGUGUUUCUGUUUUGUACAUUUCAUCUGAUUUCAUACAUGAUAUGAUAUGUAAUUAUAUGUAUUAAUAUUAAUAUUUUGUAUAUAUCUAUGCUUAUGCCUGUGUUUUAUUUAUAGCUAAUGUAUUGUGUCCUCAUGACUACCUUAUCGUAUUUUUUAUACAUCAUGAUUUUGCACCGCCUACAACUUAUCUGCUUUGCCUAAAAGUUGACUGGUAAAGGAUGCCUUAUGGCAUUAAGUUCGCCUUUUGUUCGUAUUGUAUUUCUUUUGUGCAAUAAAGAUUAAAUAAUUAGAGCCAAGCUCACACGAAACGAAACGGCCGAGCUACAUACUUUGACUAAGGUGUAGAAUUUGUGAAAUUAGGGCUUAUAGAGUUUGAAGCUUGGCUCUACAAGAGAUCUGAUAACUUUUUGACAGUGCGAGCCUUAUGGUUUCGACUUGGCAACGUUUUACAUGAAAAUAUUUUUGAUGGAAUUUCACUUCGUUUUGUGAGUUGUUUAUGACAAUCUUCCAUCACCUUAUUUAAAGGGUUGGGGGUGAUUUAUUAGUGCUUUACGGUAGUGCUCCCGCCAAGACGAGCAAAGCGAAGAGCAAGGGCACUAAAUACUUUUUCUCGAAGCGCUUCGUCGUUUUUUUGAACCCUCAUAAACUAGUGUUUGGAUUAUACCUGAUAAACAAAAUUCUCGGGAUCAAAAAUCCUGAAAUACGUAUCUGAGAGCAUAUUUUUUACAAUCUACUUUUUACUGAUUCCCUAUACAAACUUCUUCCCGAUUUUCCCCCUAAAGCCCUUUUCCUCCCCCUUUUCACCCUUACGGGGUGAUUUUGGAGUUGAAAACAAUUCUACGUUACUACUUGAACGUUUUUUUGCGCUCACUCGCGUGUCGUAAUACGACUGGCCACUUACACUACAUUUGCUUAAAAACUGUGACUAAAUGUCACCAAUACACUUGCGUGCAUAAUCGCGCACGUGCUGCGCUGCCAACAUUACACGCGACAUUGACGGCAUUACAUUAUUAUGUUGGUAUUUAUAACCAUAAUAAUGUUGUCUAGUCCCCUCGAACGACAUUUUUUUCGAAUGAUGACAGACGUUUGAAAAUAGAAUAUGUAGGUUUUAGUAAGUCGUUUUUGCAGAUGAUGACAGCCGUUCAUUUGAAUUUAUGGCAAGAAUGUAUAAUGUAUAUAUUAACUUGUACCUGUUAUCUAUAAAAAAAUGUAACACAAGGAAUAUGAAAAUAUAAUUAUUACAUUCAUAAAUUUUUAUUUUCUUCGUUUUUCUGGAUAAAUAAAUAGUUAAAUCAUAUACUUGUGUGUGUAUUCAUUCACCUCUACUCUCCUGCCGGUAUCUAUACUUGGUUUUUCCCAGGAAUCCCUAAGAGAAUACAUAUAUAAUGUGAGUUGAAGUUUGUAUAAAUAAAGUGCGGUCAAUGGGUUUUACGCCGAGGAUAACUACUAUCAGACAAGAAUUCUAAAUGUUAAUUAACAAAUGUUGUGUCAUCAAAUGUGUAUAAUAUAGCAAGGUCAAAGUACCGUUCUACACUUAUUUAAAGCUAGCAAUGCUGUCGCAGUAUCAAUUGACCACUCUAACUGGAGACAUCACAAAUCUGUGUUAAAUUUAAAUAUGUUUCUACAAUUAAUUAUUACUACUACGCUCUGCUUGAGCGGUCAGGGGUAUGAGUUGAAACAAGUGUUUAUUAUAUCAAGACAUAAUAUACGAACGCCGUUCUUUCAUAAUAUGGCAUUCCUAAGUCCUAAAAAGUGGCCUACUUGGAACUUGGAGCCUGGUAAAUUAACUCCAAAGGGACGUCUUCUCGAAUACCACAUGGGAAAGUAUUUUGCUGGUUGGAUAAUUAAAGAGAAGUUAUUUGACAACAACUGCCCGAAAGACCAGGUUUUCGUUCAUGCAAAUAAUAAAUCUAGGACGAAAGAAACUGCGAUAUCCUUUACCAAAGGCGCCUUUAGAGACUGCGUCAGUACAUACUUCAAAAAUAAUACCAGUGGUAAUGGUAGUGAUCCAGUAUUUAGAUCAAGCCUUAGAAAUUCUUCAGAAGAAUUUAGAAAAGCUGCAAUAUAUGAAAUGAAGAAGAAAUUCGACAAUCUAAAGUUGGAAAGCGCCUUUUUGGAACUGAACAGAAUUGUCGAUUUUGAAAAUUCAUCAUAUUGUAAAACGGAAAAGGUCUGCGAUUUGAGUGAAGCGAGAAGUGAAUUUUUUGUUCAAGUAAACAAGAGCCCGGACGUUUUGGGCGGUUUAAAAAUUGGUUGGAGAAUUGUAGACAAUUUUUUAAUGGAAUAUUAUGACGGCAUGGCGCCAGAAAAUGUGGCUUGGGGAGAAAUUCAAACUGUUAACCAAUGGGAAUCUUUAAUGGCGAUAUUAAGAGGCUAUCUUGAGUUGCGCUUCGCAACGAAGAAUUUGGAUAGAGAUAUAGCUUCAAAUCUCCUUGAAUAUGUAACUGAUAUAUUUCUAAAUGGUCAGAAGAAGUUUUAUCUCAUUGUCGGACACGAUGGAAAUAUAAGUUUAUUGAUGUCGUCUUUAAGAUUUAAAGACUAUGUUCUGCAUGAUCAACUUGAAAAAGCGCCUAUUGGAGGGAAGCUUGUGUUUCAAAAAUGGUACGACGCUAAAAAGGAUCAAGACUUGCUGCGAGUGAACUACGUGUAUCAUUCCACUAAACAAAUAAGAGAUGGCGUUGAAGUGAGCUUACAAAAUCCGCCGCAGUGGCAGCUCCUUGAAAUGGAAAAUUGUGCUGUGGAUGGAAACGGCUUCUGUCCGUGGAAUGAUUUUAUAUAUAUUCUAAAGACUGUAUAACUGGUUUAUCCACGGAAGGAUUUAAAAUAAUUUAUAACAUAAUUGUGUUUCCCAUUUAAAAACUGAAAACCAUUCUUUGGCUAGUUUUAUCCCUUUCUUAGAAAUACAUACGAGUAAUUAGUCAUAAUACCAGAUUAAGACAAUAAAUUAUUAGCUAGUUUAAGCUUGCAGCGCAUUUAUGAGUAAGGGUGUUAGUUUUAGGAUUGUAGUUUUCUU